AUGGUCCGCAUCACCACCUGGAAUGUCAACGGCAUUCGCAACCCGUUUGGCUACAAGCCAUGGAGCAACACGAGGACCUUCAAUGCCAUGUUCGACAUCCUCGAGGCGGACAUUGUCAUCAUGCAAGAGUUGAAGAUUCAGCGCAAGGAUCUGACGGAUGACAUGGUCCUUGUACCUGGCUGGGACUGCUACUUCAGUUUACCAAAACACAAGAAAGGCUACUCAGGCGUUGGUAUCUACACUCGCCAAUCCAUAUGCGCCCCCAUUCGCGCCGAAGAAGGCGUCCUAGGCGCUCUCUGCCCUCCCGGCUCGACCACAUCGUACCGCAACCUUCCUGAAUCCGCCAGCAUUGGCGGUUACCUCAGCGCCGCGCAAAUGGCCCAUCUCCCCCCCGAUCUCGACGCUGACAGCCUCGACUCAGAAGGACGGUGUCUGGUGCUUGAAUUCCCAGCCUUUGUCCUCUUCGGCGUCUACAGCCCAGCGAACAGCAAUGGCCUACGAGACGGUUUCCGAAUCGGCUUUCUCACAGCGCUGGAAACACGAAUACGGAACUUGACGAAGAUGGGCAAGCAUGUGAUACUCACGGGUGAUCUCAACGUCUCGAGAGAUACCAUCGACACGGCCAGGGCGGAGGAGAAUAUGCUGUCGCAAGGCAUGACGCAUGCCGAGUAUCUGAGCACUCCGAACAGGCGAAUCUUCAACCAGCUCUUGUUCAAUGGAAUGGUUCCGGGUCAACGAGACGAGGGGAGAGAAGAGCCGGUCCUAUACGAUCUGUGUAGGGAGUUCCAUCCUGACCGCGAAGGAAUGUUCACACACUGGGAGCAGAAAAUCAACGCUAGGCCGGGCAACUUUGGAUCACGGAUCGACUUCAUACUGUGCAGCAUCGCGAUCAAGGACUGGUUCAAGGAGGCCAACAUUCAGGAGGGACUGAUGGGGUCGGAUCAUUGUCCAGUGUACGCUGUGACGAAGGAUGUGGUGCCCAUGUCACAGAUAUCAGCGACCGGUGAGCACGGUGCUGAAGAUCAGGUGCACGUGUUGGACUUGAUGAAUCCAGCGGGCAUGUUCAAAGACGGCAUGCGGCAGCGAGAGUAUGACAUAGUCAAAGAUCUCCCAGCACUCAGCGGAAAGCUCCUAGCCGAAUUUACGAAGAGGAGGAGUAUCCGAGACAUGUUCGCCAAUAAGCCCACCCUACCAAAGUCUGCACCAGCGCCUACGGCACCGAUUGCCGACGAAGAAAUGCAGACAAAGGUAGAUGACAUGUCUACUCCCAAUACGACCAUGGACGACUCCGACAGAGACCUUAAACUGGCCAUCGCGGCUUCCAUGGCGGAAAUGCCUUCAGCAGUUGAUAGUCACCUUGCAUUCACCCAGAGCCCGCUCAAGUCGGUCGAGAAGCGACGCGCUUCGGCAUCAGCAUCGCCCAACAAGCCAGUCAAGCGGGGAAAAUCUAAUACCACAACCACGUCCAAAGCCCCCAAGGGCCAGCAGUCGCUCAAAGGCUUCUUCCAAAGCCGAACCAAACCCGCUGAUGCAGAGCCCCUCAAAGAUGCAGCACCGCCCGCCUCGCCGUCUACGAACAACGAUGCUCCCAGCCAUUCCACCAUAGACAUGCCUCGUCCGCUGUCGCCCAUAACCUCCGAAUCUUUGGACUCCGAUCCGCGCGCCUCCCAGGAAGCGUCAAAAGAAGGCUGGACAAAGCUCUUCUCCAAAAAACCAGUACCGCGGUGCGAACACGGCGAGCCUUGCAUCUCGUUCACGACCAAGAAACCAGGCAUGAACUGCGGAAGACAAUUUUGGAUGUGCCCUAGACCGAUUGGACCGACGGGGCAGAAGGAAGUGGGCACGCAGUGGCGGUGUGGGACGUUCAUCUGGUGUAGUGAUUGGAAGGGUAGUUGA